AUCUGCUGGCGACCCCUUAUCUGUCCCUGUGUCACUUUAUAACUGGCCUUUAUCAACCACCUGACCGUGCCUGGACCAAUCCUAGUCUGGCAUUUUUAAACAGGUUGAUUAGGGAUAUACAGAUAGGGUGCUGCUGUAGAAUAAUGCAACUCACUACAUGAAUUGAAUGGGGAGGGAGGGGUAAGGGGGAGGCUAGUUCACCAGGCAGAGUUCACUUGACUUCAGACCAAGUGAACAGUAAAAAAAAAAAAUACACAAAAAAAAAACCGUUUAUUUUUAACCCCAAAGUCUCAGUGCUCUCCACUGUCCCCUAUUAUGGCUCCCAGAAUGGAAUAGUAUAAGAGUGUCUCUGUGUUGUUUGGAGUUGGAUCAGGACUGUGUUUUCUCAUCAGGUGCUCUGGAUUGGGACUGUAGCUAGCAUGUCUUCCUGCAGCCCUGACAGUGGAAGUACUCUGUGCAGCUCCCCAAAGGACUUAACAGGCUCAGGUGGUCCACUGGACGGAGCUGAGUCUCCCGCUCAGCCCAGCGGAGCUGUCAUGCUGCCCAAAGCCGACACAGAAUCUCUGGGACUCGUUCGAUCGCAUGGAGAACAGGGGCACAUGCCCAGAAAUAUGCAAGCCCCUCACUAUAAAAUGAUGGACUACUCAUAUGAUGAAGACUUGGAUGAGAUGUGUCCGGUUUGUGGAGACAAGGUUUCUGGAUACCAUUAUGGUCUUCUUACCUGCGAAAGCUGCAAGGGCUUCUUCAAGCGCACAGUGCAGAACAACAAGCGGUACACGUGUAUAGAGAACCAGAGCUGCGCCAUCGACAAGACGCAGAGGAAACGCUGCCCCUACUGCCGCUUCCAGAAGUGCCUCACAGUCGGCAUGAAGCUGGAAGCUGUGAGGGCGGACAGAAUGCGCGGCGGCCGCAACAAGUUUGGCCCGAUGUACAAGCGCGACCGGGCCCUCAAGCAGCAGAAGAAGGCGUUGAUCCGUGCCAACGGCCUGAAGAUCGAGGCCAUGACCCAGGUAAUGCAGGCCGUGCCCACCGACCUCACCAUCUCGUCGGCCAUCCAGAACAUCCACCAGGCUGCGUCCAAGGGCUUGCCGCUCGGCCACCACGGGCACGAGCACCACGCGGCGCUGCCCCACGCCGACUACGACCGGAGCCCGUUCGUCACGUCGCCCGUCAGCAUGAUCAUGCCCCCCCACGCCGGCUCCCUCCAGGGUUACCAGGCGGCCUACGGUCAUUUCCAGAGCACCCGCACGAUAAAGUCAGAGUACCCGGACCCAUACACCAGCUCGCCGGAGUCCAUCAUGGGCUACAACCCGUACAUGGACGCGUACCAAACGGGCUCGCCGCCCAGCUUCCCGCACCUCAUCGUGGAGCUGCUGAAGUGCGAGCCCGAUGAGCCCCAGGUUCAGGCCAAGAUCCUGGCCUACCUGCAGCAGGAGCAGGCCAGCAGGGGGAAGCACGAGAAGCUCAACACGUUCGGCCUGAUGUGCAAGAUGGCCGACCAGACGCUGUUCUCCAUCGUCGAGUGGGCCCGGAGCAGCGUUUUCUUCCGUGAGCUCAAGGUGGACGAUCAAAUGAAGCUCCUCCAGAACUGUUGGAGCGAAUUGCUCAUCCUCGACCACAUCUUUAGACAGGUGAUGCACGCCAAAGAGGGUUCCAUCCUACUGGUCACUGGCCAACAGGUGGAUCACGCGGUAAUUGCCUCCCAAGCUGGAGCCACGCUGAACAACCUGAUGAACCAUGCCCAGGAGCUGAUCGGCAAGCUACGCUCCCUUCAGCUGGACCAGAGGGAGUUCGUCUGCCUCAAGUUCCUGGUGCUGUUCAGCUUGGACGUGAAGAACCUGGAGAACUUCCACCUGGUGGAGAGCGUCCAGGAGCAGGUGAACGCGGCCCUGCUGGACUACGUCAUGUGCAACUAUCCCCAGCAGACAGACAAGUUCGGCCAACUGCUCCUGCGGCUCCCUGAGAUCCGGGCCGUCAGUCUCCAGGCGGAGGAGUACCUGUACUACAAGCACCUGAACGGGGACGUGCCCUGUAACAACCUGCUCAUCGAGAUGCUCCAUGCCAAGAGGGCCUGAUGACGCACGCGCCAAGCCCCCCCCCCCCCCCCAACCCCACACCCGCCCACUCGGCUGUCUCGUCGGGGUCAAGACCCGCGGGGAGGACUCCAUGCCCGCGGCGGAGCGACACUUUGUGACACCCGAGGACGGGGCUCGUCGGGUCCUUAUCAUUCAUUGCGCCGCGGUCACUCACGCCAGGGGGAACACACACGCACGGCAAGAGCACGGGCCUAAACGGACAGCGGUCAGCUGUGUAAACGUGCGAGGGCAUUCACACGCACACGUUCAAAUCCAUACAAAGUGUAUCACACGCAGUCAUGUCCCUUUAAGACUGGUAAGGCUGCGUGAGAAGGUUGGCAACUGAACAUUGGAAUCCGGGAGACAGGUGCCCUUUUCAGAUACCUUUUUUUUCCAGUGUUGAUUUCAACCGGAACUGCGGCGCAGGCGGUACACGAGACGGACCCGUCCAGCUGUGUGUAUCCUGUCAGACUGCAGCUGUGAGAGAGAGACGGCAACCCGAUGACGUUUGUGCGACGCACGCUUGGGAAGGGCGCGUGUCUCGGUACUGUUGGUACCGGAAUAGCGGACUGCAUUGGAGUCGACCAGAACGACCUGUCAGCCGGACCGGGUAACCUCCAGCUCCACUCUGUUUCAAAGACAUGUACGGUCGGCUAGCAGGCCUCAACGCCAACAGAGAACUUGUGAAAAAGAUUGACUGAGACCUGCGUGCAGCCCCCCCAAACCCACACCCCAAAAAAAGAACAGAACAACCGUGAUGAACAAAAUACAUGAAAACGUGGCGCCUAAACAAUAGAGACACACCCACAAAAAAAGAACAUUUUGAAAAAGGGCAGUUAUUUCCUCCUGUUUGUCAUUGUAACACUAGUCUUUACGGCCCCCGGCCCCGCCCCGUAGCUUUCCCCAACCGUCCCGAAAGGAUCGCAGCUCAGCGAUGCUUACCAUUUGCCUCAGUAAAAUACAUUCUCCACAACAUCGGUAGGUUAAUUAAAGGUUCUACAUGGUCAUUUUAUGGUUGCAUACACCCAUUUGGAUUUUGUCAUUGUGGCACACGCCUGGAAAUCAAGUUGUAUUUCUGACAUCCACCCCCCAACCCCCCACUCCAAAAGAAACGUCCCUUUCCUUUAGAACUGGAACGAAAGCAUGAUUCUAGAGACAAGGAGGGGAAGCUCUGCCUUUUGUGGGAACAGACCAAAGCCUGCUGCAGAACCAUGUCAAACGAAAAAAGUAACAAAAUCCUAACUAUCAGUAUUAUAAAUGUGUGAUGUCACAGUUGUGAGUCCUGCCUUAUUUCAUUACCAUGCUAGCUAACCGUGCAGAUGUGAAUGAAAAUAUGUACAAAUAUAUAUAUAUAUAUAUAAAGUGUUCAUGUUGUAAAAAUAAAAAAAGGAUAAUUCAAGAGGUGUUUACAUUCAAGCAGUCCCACGGGAGAGAACUGUGACAAAGCAAAUUGCAAAGCAAUGAUUUCCAAAAAAAAAAAAAUCUACAAAACACAAAAUGUAUUCCUCUGGUUUGCUUUUGUUGGUGUGUACAGUUUUACUUUUUACUUAGUUUCUUUGACCAGUACUUAAUUAUGUCGUGAGACACUAAAAUCAGAAAGGAAUCUGGAUUAAAAUUGAUUUCUAACUGUUUUUCUGUUGGCAUUCAAAUUUAUGCAUAUUGUGUAAGAAUUAAUAUUUAGUUUCCAAUGUUUUUUGUAGAACUGUUUUUAUUGUUUUUCAGUGUUCUACCUUUCAAUAUAUGUCACUGGUUACGCUUAAAAAUGAAAAUAAUUUAUUGUGUCUUGGUUUUGUCCUGUGUGUUAUAAGCGCAAAGGCGACAAAGCCAAAAAUAUUUGUUUACUGUCGCAUGUUUUUUUGUAUGUAAUAUCAAUGCAGGUCAGGAACAACCCAAUGAUCUUAGAAAUCCUCACCGUAAUUUUCUUUCUAAUAAAUGCCUAGGGGGUCUAAGCUGUAAAUGUGAAAAAAGACACGUAUUGUAUUUAACUUGAUGGGUGUGACUGGCAACGUCCUUGGAUCAUUACAGUAGCUUCACAUGUACACUGUUUGUUCUAAACCAAAGACUGCACCUGUCCCACAAGCUGUGGUUACUUGUGACGGGUCACGACAGAAUGAAUAAAAAACCCUUUCCCCGAGCCAUCCAGGCGUUCCACACACUUACAAGCCCUUGGUGGAAUUAUGUUGCUGUCUUAUACACUUCUAUCAAAUAGUGAAUUCGUAGGACCCCUCAAAUGUUCAUGACUCGCACAAGCCUGUCAAAACAUCCGAUGUCACACAUCAAAAUAUUUUUAAGGGCAUGGAACCUUUGCUCUCCCCCCCCCCGCCGUUUUAAACGUCACACCCUGACAUCAUCCACUUCACGUUUGUCCAAGACUCCGUAACGUUUUGUAUUUACAGUACCUUACCUUCUGCUUUUGUAUGUGUUAGUGGUUGGUUGACAAUUGAGUAUACAUUCUGAGCGAUGUGAUUUUAUUUUUUAAUAAGACAGAAAAAAAAAAAGCUGCAUCGAUUAAACCCUAGGCUUUAACCCCAUGUAGUGUUGUGCUUUCUAGUCUUGACCCCUGCUUAGCGAUUAAAACACAUUCAUGCCAAAGCAAAUACACAUUUUGUCAAAAUAAAUGCACGUCAUUGCGAAAUGCAAUGCACUACAGUGGGAUUUUUUUUUUGGGCAAGAAUCUUCUUUAAUUAACUUUAUAUCGAUUGACAAUCUAUUUCAUUCCCUUUUUCAUUGUGUGUAUUCUGGUAAAGUUCUGCAGCUGCCUUGGAUGUCCUCAAACACAAACACACACAUCCCCGUUGAACGUGGUGACCCUAUCGGCUCAACUAUGACCUUGACCGUAGCUGUUCAUUCUGACACCCUUUCAUGCCACUUCCUGUUAGGGGAGUUUCUUUUAAAGCUGAUGGACUUUUUUCAAUAAAUAAUGAUAUG